AUUUGGUUGUAUACACUCCAUAGAUUGGGCUCAACAACUUACUAUACCUUCCCUAAUCUAAUGCCUGAUUGUGAUCCCUCACUCAUUAUUCUUCUCUUCUUUCCUCUUUGGACUUCUCCUACUCCUACUACUUAUACUUAAAGCUUCUUCCCUUUUUCAAUUAUUAUAUUAUCUAUUUUUUUUCAUUUUCCUUUCCAUUUUUAUUAAUUUUUUUAAACCAACUUUUCUCUCUAUUCUUCCAGAGAUUUCCCUUACAUCUUAUUUCUUCCCAAAUCCCACCUUAAUUCUUGUUUUUUCUCCGUAUACUCAUUUUUUUUCUUCCACUUAAAAAUAAAUAUUGGGUCUUUUUCAAAAAUUAAAAUUAUUUCAGUUAGAACAAAUAUACUUUCCGACUACCUUAUUAUUCAAAAAUAAAAGAAUUAAUUUUACAAAAAGGGGUAAAUUUUGCUGUUUAUGAGAAUUAUGGGAUUGAUUCUUAAAGUUGCAUACUUUUGAAUGUCCCUAAGUUGAUGAUGCUUGGAUAUGCAUUGAACACGGAGAUAGGUUACAACAAGUCGGAUAUAGUCAAAAACAAGCACAUACCGUUAGAGUAUUUCAACCAUCAACUUAAGCUUUUUGGUUGAGUUGGUUCCUUGACAUGCUAUUAGAAACCUGGUCACGAGUUUGAAUUUUAAUCACAUCUCAUUUAAAGUGGAAUAUUCAACGUCAGACAAACUGAAGUACCAAGUAUCCGGGGAUGUAUUGGGUAUCUAGUGAAGUAUUGGUACUACAUACAACAUACUGAUAAUUAGAGCAUAUGAAAGAGUUAAGAAAAUUCAUAUGGUACAAUUUUUUCAAGUUCUUGAGAUGGGCAGCAAGGAGACAUAGAAUCUGCAAACACAUAAAAAUCGAAUUCUACAUACAUAACACAUUUGUAUACAUAUUUCGUAUAUCUUUGUUUCGGUUUUUGUUUGAUUGUUCGAAAAAAUAUUGACGCCAUGAUGCUUCUAUUGAGCUCUCUAUUUAGCAAAAUUGAUGCACUAACAACUUCUGAUCAUGGUUCUGUGGUUUCAAUGAAUAUGUUCGUGGCACUUCUGUGUGGUUGUAUCGUAAUUGGCCAUCUUCUUGAGGAAAAUCGAUGGAUGAAUGAGUCCAUCACGGCUUUACUUAUUGGUAUAGCCACCGGAGUUGUGAUUCUUCUAAUAAGCGGAGGAAAGAGUUCGCAUUUGUUGGUGUUUAGCGAAGAUCUUUUCUUCAUCUAUCUUCUUCCGCCAAUUAUUUUUAAUGCUGGUUUUCAGGUGAAAAAGAAGCAAUUCUUUCGGAACUUCAUUACUAUCAUGAUGUUUGGAGCUGUUGGGACAUUGGUAUCAUUCACCAUCAUAUCUCUAGGAGCAAUGACAUUUUUUAAGAAGAUGGAUAUUGGUUCUUUGGAUUUGAUAGAUUAUCUUGCAAUCGGUGCAAUAUUUGCUGCAACGGAUUCUGUUUGCACACUUCAGGUGCUUAAUCAGGAUGAGACUCCUCUCCUCUACAGUCUGGUGUUUGGCGAGGGUGUUGUUAACGAUGCCACAUCCGUGGUGCUUUUUAACGCGCUUAAGAGCUUCGACCUCUCGAAAAUCGAUCACAGAAUCGCUCUAACGUUUAUUGGCAACUUCUUGUACUUAUUUUUCUCAAGCACUGUGCUUGGUGCUAUGACUGGUUUGGUCAGUGCUUACAUUAUCAAAAAGCUAUACUUCGGAAGGCAUUCGACUGAUCGUGAAGUUGCUUUAAUGAUGCUUAUGGCUUAUCUCUCUUACAUGCUUGCAGAACUGUUCUAUUUGAGUGGGAUUCUUACAGUAUUCUUCUGUGGGAUCGUCAUGUCACAUUAUACAUGGCACAACGUGACCGAGAGCUCUAGAAUAACCACCAAGCAUGCUUUCGCAACACUGUCUUUCGUUGCAGAGACUUUUCUAUUUCUAUAUGUUGGUAUGGACGCACUAGACAUCGAGAAGUGGAAAUUCGUGAGUGACAGUCCUGGAACUUCUGUUGCCGUGAGUUCUAUAUUGCUCGGUUUAGUGAUGGUUGGGCGAGCAGCUUUUGUUUUCCCGAUAUCCUUGUUAACAAACUUUUUCAAGAAAUCUUCGAGUGAAAAGGUCACCUUCAAACAACAGAUAAUCAUAUGGUGGGCGGGUCUCAUGAGAGGCGCUGUCUCCAUGGCACUUGCUUAUAAUCAAUUUACGAAGGGGGGUCAUACGCAGCUGAGGGGAAAUGCGAUGAUGAUCACGAGCACCAUAUCCGUUGUUCUUUUCAGUACAAUGGUGUUUGGACUGCUUACAAAGCCACUUAUAUUGUUUUUGCUGCCUCAACCAAAGCACUUUACUAGCGCCAGUACUGUAUCAGACCUGGGGAGCCCGAAAUCAUUUAUCUUGCCGCUUCUCGAUGGCCAAGAUUACGAAGUUAAUAACGAUGAUACAACUGAUCGGAAUCUUAUUCAUCCCAAUAGCCUCCGUAUGCUUCUAAAUGCACCUACGCACACCGUCCACUAUUACUGGCGCAAAUUCGACAAUGCUUUUAUGCGCCCUGUAUUUGGUGGCCGUGGUUUUGUUCCUUAUGUCCCAGGCUCCCCUACCGAACAAAGUAAUCAUACUUUAUCCUGAGAGAACAUUAGAAAAAAAAGGUUAUAGCAAACGGGCUCUAAAAGGUCGAGGACUCGAGAUUGACCUUAACGAUGAAGAGCUUUAGUAUGUGGCCGUAGAGUUGCAUUGUACUUUUGUGUAUAGAUGUAGAUUACACUUGCACUGCGGAAUAGGUUAACAAUGUUCCUCGACAAUAUGGCAAUUCGAUGUAUUUGUUGGUUUUAGCUAGAAUGUUAGCAUGUUUUGUAAUCCUAUGAUCAUAUUAGUUUUUGGCUGGAGAAAAUGGUUUGUGUUUAUGUUGAUGGUUAUAUCAAGAUUCAAGACCCUACUGUCUUUAUGCUUGAUCAAGCUAAUUGUCAUUUUGCGCACUCUUUCCAUUUCCUUCCAUUACCUUUUAUUGAAAAGGGUUUACUUCAAUUUGCACCUUUUUGCUACAUUUUAUUAAUCUUACUCUAUUUUAUACUUUUUAAGUAUAUGUGCUUGCAUGAAUGUAGAGCUUUGCCAAAGUGGGUUCGGGCCACUGCUUGAAACAUGCCACCCAUGGCUUUCCAUAGUUUUGGCCAUCGAUAAGAAUAUGAAAGAAAGAGUAUGUGGGGUAGGAGUUCAUAG